GUUCUGGAUCUUGCUGAAAGUGAGCAGUCUCCCUGUCCAGAUCACCAGGAUCCCGUUUGCUGGAGAAUGACCCAGAUGUCCCAGGUGCAGGAGCUCUUCCACGAGGCAGCCCAGCAGGAGGCCCUGGCCCAGCCCCAGCCCUGGUGGAAGAGCCAGCUGUUCGUGUGGGAGCCUGUGCUGUUUGGGACCUGGGAUGGUGUGUUCACAUCCUGCAUGAUCAACAUCUUUGGGGUUGUGCUCUUCCUGAGGACAGGCUGGCUGGUGGGAAACACGGGAGUGCUCCUGGGCAUGUUCCUGGUGUCCUUCGUCGUCCUGGUGGCCCUCGUCACAGUGCUGUCUGGCAUUGGUGUCGGGGAGCGCAGCAGCAUCGGCAGCGGUGGCGUCUACUCCAUGAUCUCCUCGGUCCUGGGUGGGCAGACAGGAGGCACCAUCGGGCUACUCUAUGUGUUUGGCCAGUGUGUUGCAGGUGCCAUGUACAUCACCGGCUUUGCUGAAUCCAUCUCAGAUUUGCUGGGCCUCAGGAAUAUCUGGGCUGUGCGAGGAAUUUCAGUUGCGGUGCUUCUGGCCUUGCUGGGCAUUAACCUCGCGGGUGUCAAAUGGAUAAUCCGCCUCCAGCUGCUGUUGCUGUUCCUGCUGGCCGUGUCCACACUGGACUUUGUGGUGGGUUCUUUCACCCACCUGGACCCAGAACAUGGUUUCAUUGGAUAUUCACCCGAACUGCUACAGAACAACACGCUGCCCGAUUACAGCCCCGGGGAGUCUUUUUUCACUGUGUUUGGGGUUUUCUUCCCAGCGGCUACAGGAGUCAUGGCUGGUUUCAACAUGGGGGGCGACCUCAGGGAGCCUGCCACCAGCAUCCCCCUGGGCUCCCUGGCAGCUGUUGGCAUCUCGUGGUUUCUGUACAUUGUCUUCGUUUUCCUCCUGGGCGCCAUCUGCACUCGAGAGGCCCUUCGCUAUGACUUCCUGAUAGCGGAAAAGGUGUCCCUUGUGGGCUUCCUGUUCCUUCUGGGCUUAUACAUCUCGUCCCUGGCUUCCUGUAUGGGAGGACUUUAUGGAGCUCCCCGCAUCCUGCAGUGCAUUGCCCAGGAGAAAGUGAUCCCUGCACUUGCCUGUCUGGGACAAGGGAAGGGGCCAAACAAAACACCUGUGGCUGCCAUCUGCCUGACCAGCUUGGUGACCAUGGCCUUUGUCCUUGUGGGUCAAGUGAACGUUCUGGCCCCCAUCGUCACCAUCAACUUCAUGCUGACAUACGUCGCAGUGGACUACUCUUACUUCUCCCUGUCCAUGUGUUCCUGCAGCCUGCCCCCGGUGCCUGAGCCAGUGCUCAGGGAGGGCCCGGAAGGCCUCCACUGCUCUGAGCACCUGCUCUUAGAGAAAGCUCCCAGCUAUGGCUCUGAGGGACCUGCCCAAAGAGUCUUGGAGGGCACGCUGCUGGAAUUCACCAAGGAUAUGGAUCAGUUCCUCCAGCUAACCAGAAAGCUAGAGAGUAGCCGGCCCAGGCAAGGAGAGGGUAACAGGACCCCAGAAAGUCAGAAGAGGAAAAGCAAGGAGGCCACCAAGCAGACCCUACGAGAUAGCUUCCUCUUGGACCUCAAAUCCCCUCCUUUCCCUGUCGAGAUACCUGACAGGUUGCCCGCUGCCUCCCGGGAAGGGCAGGAGUCCUGCUGGAACAAGCAGACUUCCAGGAGCGAAGAGACUCAGCUUGGGGGAACAUAUGGAGAGCAACUGGUUCCUGACCUGUGCAACCAAUCUGAGUCCAGUGGAGAAGAUUUCUUCUUGAAGUCCAGGCUCCAAGAACAAGAUAUCUGGAGAAGAUCAACUUCUUUCUAUACCCACAUGUGCAACCCCUGGGUCUCCCUGUUGGGGGCUGUUGGGUCCCUUCUCAUCAUGUUUGUGAUACAGUGGGUGUAUACCCUGGUUAACAUGGGUGUUGCUGCCAUCGUGUAUUUCUACAUUGGCUGGGCUAGUCCAGGGCUUCACCUUGGAUCAGCCUCCAACUUCAGCUUUUUCCGGUGGAUGAGGUCUCUCUUGCUCCCCUCCUGCAGGAGCUUGCGGUCCCCUCAGGAGCAGAUCAUCUUGGCGCCAUCCCUGGCUAAGGUUGACAUGGAGAUGACUCAGCUCACCCAGGAGAACGCAGACUUUGCCACUCGGGAUCGCUACCACCACUCCUCCCUCAUGAGCCGGGAGCAGCUGAUGCCUCCCUACUAGAUGCAACGCUGGGACCUUCCUCUUUUGGAGCUGUCCCAUGCACAGUGGACCCAAGCCCGGAACCUUCGUGGGGCUGCUUCUCCUCCCUGAGAAACUCAAGGCCUGUCCUUCCACUGUCACUUUGGACAAUGGAAAUCUACAUUUUCUUU